UAUGAAAACUGCCUCUUUUCCACAAGGUAGUAAGCAGAGUAGGGGACCAGCCAUGUCAACUACAACAACGAACGGCCUCAACGGCAGCCAUUACAAAGAGUAUAACCAUCAUUAUGCCGAAGAAUGCAGUCAAGAUGACAUUGGCACCUUCCUUUUUACAUCAGAAUCUGUGGGAGAGGGACAUCCAGACAAGAUCUGUGACCAAGUAAGUGAUGCUGUGUUGGACGCUCACCUUAAACAGGAUCCAAACGCCAAGGUAGCUUGUGAGUCAGUGGCCAAGACAGGCAUGAUCCUGUUGGCCGGAGAAAUCACCUCCACUGCCAACGUUGACUAUCAGAAGGUGGUCCGCAACACAAUCAAACAAAUAGGAUAUGACGAUUCAUCAAAAGGUUUUGACUAUAAGACCUGUAAUGUCCUGGUGGCCUUGGAGCAACAGAGCCCAGAUAUCGCACAGGGUGUUCAUGAAAACAGAGACGAAGACGACAUUGGUGCUGGUGACCAGGGUCUAAUGUUUGGGUAUGCCACAGAUGAAACUGACGAAUGUAUGCCACUUACGGUAGUAUUGUCACAUCAGCUAAAUGCUAAAAUUGCCCAACUGAGAAGGGACGGAACACUUGCAUGGGCAAGACCUGACUCAAAAACACAGGUGACAGUGGAAUACAAGUAUGUCAAGGGUGCCUGUGUUCCCAUACGAGUGCAUACAGUGGUUGUCUCCCUUCAACAUGACGAGUUCGUCACAAUUGAAGAACUGAGAAAGCAGCUGAUGGACAAAGUUGUUAACGAAGUAAUUCCUGAAAAAUACAGAGACAGCAAAACUGUGUUUCACAUUCAGCCUUCCGGAAAGUUUAUCAUUGGAGGACCACAGGGUGAUGCUGGACUGACAGGAAGAAAGAUUAUAGUGGACACGUAUGGUGGCUGGGGAGCCCACGGAGGUGGUGCCUUCUCUGGGAAAGACUUCUCCAAGGUAGACAGGUCAGCAGCCUAUGCCAGCCGUUGGGUUGCCAAGUCUCUGGUCAAGGCAGGUCUCUGUAAGAGAGUUUUAGUUCAGGUGUCGUACGCCAUUGGAAUUGCAAAGCCAUUAUCCAUCACUGUGUUCAGUUACGGCACAUCCAAGCUAUCUGAAGCGCAGCUACUUCAAGUGGUGCAUGACAAUUUUGACCUUCGACCAGGACACAUUGUAAAGGAACUGAAUCUACGGGCGCCUAUCUAUCAGAAAACUGCAUGCUAUGGACAUUUUGGUCGUCCAGAAUUUAGCUGGGAAGUGCCGAAAAAGCUGAUAUUAAAAAACUGAAAGUCUGCUGAAAUCUAAUGUUACAAAAUGUAUGAGAGAGUAAAAAAAGUAAAAUUUAUUCAGAGAAUAUACAGAAAGCAACUGCCAGUAAAACUGGAAAGUAUAUAAACAGCUGCUCAAAUCCACAUUAUGUUUGUUUGUGUGUGCGUUCGCGUGUGUGCGCUGAAAGAGCUAAAUGUUAAAUACACCAUUUUAUGAUGAGAACAAGCCAAGGGGAGGCCACAGUAGUUAAAAGGCUAGUCUGACCCAGUUUGACUCCGGAGUUUAUGUCUAUUUAUGGAAUAAGUUUGACCCUCUUGACUCAAAACUAGCAUUAUCUUAAAAUUCCUAAUUUUGAUUGCAGUUUUGUAGUCGAUUGCAGAGGUUAAUGCAACCUGAAAUCUUUCAUUCUUCUGAAGAAUGAAGUUUUUGUAAAUGUUAGCUCAUUUGCGUCAAACUCGGCUUAGAUUUCGCCCUUUAAUUAUUGCAAAUGUGUUUUUUCUUCUCGAUUUUUAUAUACACAUUUGUCUCGUGUUUAUGAAAAUUUUAACGGAAAAGAGCACUAUUUAUAAACACUCGGGCAAAAGUCCCCAAAUAGAUAAUGGUGAAGCCAUUAUAUUGAUACUUAUUUAUAUAUUUGAAUACGUCCUUGCUAUAUAUGUUGAAAAUAGAUUAUUAAUGAAUGAGAUCCCUUUUUAUCUUUGAUUAAAAGAAGUGUGAUUGUAAUUUCUUUUUAAUGUAAUUUUUAUUGUUGUUAUUCCUUUUGAUUUCAUUUUUAUCAUUGUCCAUGACUUCAAAGAUAUUUAAAUGGAUUUCUGCCAUAUCUCUCCCAAGUAAAAAAUAUUUGGUCCAUGUAAUGUUGAUCAUGCACGUGUUGUAUGAUAUCGUAGAAUCAUUCCCUGUAUUCUACAGAAUAGUGAGUGCAAUUUAAGGAAUAUUUUGUUUGCUAUACUGACAUUUAUCUCACCAGAUAGAAAUAGUCUUAACGAAAGCUGUAAUUGGAGAUCAGUCCAUCUGUAGUCAUUACAUGUCCGUUUUCACAUCUUGUCCACAGAAUGUUAAACCAUUAUAAAGACAUUCUUUUAAGAUUUGUUAUGUAACUCUAUAUUGAAGUUAAAAUUAGAACACCAAUUUACACUGUAGAUGUCAGGUUUAUAUGAGGGAACAACUAAAUAAAUUGUUGAAAUUUA